GCCGCUCAUUGGAACACAGAAGUUUUCCUAAGGAGUUAGCAGGGAGUGACGGAGGGGAGGGGGGCACUUGGCUGGAGCAGCAGCGGGGUAACACCAUAAGAUCCCCUAUUGUGACAGAAGAAGACGCCCCGGAGCAGUCAGCAUGGAUCCCCAGUGAAGAAGAGAGGGGGGGCACAACAAGGAUUCCCAAUUCCAUCAGUAGAUUUCAUGGCUGUCCCCAUCCUAAGGGUCAAUAGAUCCCCUCGCUGAUUCAAUGAGAUCCCAGGAGGAAGCGCAAUCUCCCCGCAUGGAUAUAUUCUGCCGGCUUCACCAUCUAUAGGAUUCCCUGCCAUACAAAAAAAAAGAAUCGAAACAAAACACAGUGAAAAAAUUUAUUCGUAAUUUUUGCUGUAGACUUUGGGGAUCGGGGGUGGGGGUGGGGGGGUGAAAUGGAAAAUGAAGCGGCCAAAACCGUGGACAACCAGAUGGAGAAAUACAUAGUUACAAUUAUGGGGAAAUCCGAGAGUCAAAUGGACAUAGUCGAAAAAUCCAAUAAAUCUGUGAAAAAGUCCUGGAGCGUGGUGGAGAUCGGCCUCUCGGUGCUGCUCUUCUUGAUGACCUGCGGUCUCAUCGCUCUGCUGGUCCUCUACACCACGAAUAAAGAGACCGUAUGCACGACGACAGGAUGUGUUACCGCAGCUGCAAGAAUUAUCCAGAACAUGGACCCCUCCAUAGAACCUUGCACUGACUUCUACCAAUAUGCCUGUGGUGGUUGGUUAAAUAAGCAUGUGAUACCAGAGACCAGCUCCCGCUAUAGCAUCUUUGAUAUUCUUCGGGAUGAAAUGGAGAUUAUAUUGAAAGGUUUACUGGAAGAUUCCAACCAAGACGACCGAGAUGCCUUUAAAAAAGCCAAAAUUUUGUAUAAAUCCUGCAUGAAUGAAAGUCUGAUUGAACAGAGAGACUCCUUACCUCUUUUAGAACUUCUCGCUCUGGUUGGAGAGUGGCCAGUGGCCUCCACGGAUUGGAACCUCACCAAAGAGUCCAGUUGGAGUUUGGAAGAAAGAUUAUCCCUUUUGAACCAGAGAUUCAACAAAAGAGUCCUGGUAGAUCUGUUUGUAUGGAACGACGACCGGGAGUCGAGCAAGCACAUCAUCUAUAUAGACCAGCCCAGCCUCGGAAUGCCUUCCAGAGAUUACUACUUCAACAGUGGAAAUUAUCAGCGGAUCAGAGAAGCCUACCUCCAGUUUAUGGUCACCAUCGCCAAAAUGGUACGAGAAGACAAGAACCUCACAAAAGAUGACAAUUACGUGCAGGAAGAAAUGGCGCGCGUUAUGGAUUUAGAAUCAGAUAUUGCAAAGGCAACGGCCCCAUCUGAGGAACGCAAUGAUGUCACCUUGUUAUACAACAAAAUGACCCUCACCGAGUUCCAGCAGAAGUUUGCAAUAGAUACUUUUAACUGGACCAACUUCAUCCAAGAAGUAAUGGCUUCUGUCAGCAUUCAGCUCCAUCCUGAGGAGGAAGUCGUGGUCUAUGGGGUUCCCUAUCUAAAUCAGCUGAAACUGAUUCUCUCCAAUUAUUCGGCGAGUACUUUGCAGAAUUAUCUAGUUUGGCGACUGGUUAUUGACCGUGUUAGCAGCCUGAGUAGACGCUACAAAGACGCAAGGUCCAGUUACAGAAAGGCUCUGUACGGGACCACAUUAGAGGAGGCCCGAUGGAGGGAGUGUGUCAGCUACGUCAACAGCAACAUGGAGAAUGCGGUCGGCGCCAUGUAUGUCAAGGAAACAUUUGCUGGUGAGAGCAAGAGGAUGAUCAGCGACCUCAUAAAUAAAAUCCGUGAAGUUUUUAUUGAGACUCUGGACGAAUUACAAUGGAUGGAUGGGACGUCAAAAGAAAAGGCGCGAGAAAAGGCGCUCUCCAUUAAAGAGCAGAUUGGUUAUCCAGACUAUAUCCUGGAGGAUCAGAACGAUAAGUUGGACCAGGAGUCGGCGUCAUUGAACUUUAGUGAAGAUAAAUACUUUGAGAACAUACUGGAAAUACUAAAAGCGACAGCGCAAAAGAGUCUAAAAAAGCUAAGAGAGCCGGUGGACCCCGAUGCUUGGAUAAUCGGCGCGGCAGUGGCUGAUGCCUUCUAUUCCCCAAACCGGAAUCAGAUUGUAUUUCCCACUGGGAUCCUUCAGCCUCCAUUUUUUAGUAAACACCAACCUCAAGCAUUGAACUUUGGGGGAAUCGGUAUGGUUAUUGGCCACGAAAUCACUCACGGCUUUGAUGAUAAUGGAAGGAAUUUUGACAAGGAUGGGAACAUGUUUGACUGGUGGAGUAAUUUCUCUGCGAUGCAUUUCAAAGACCAGUCCCGAUGCAUGGUCUACCAGUACGGCAAUUACACCUGGGACUUGGCCGGUGGGCAAAAUGUAAGCGGAAUCAUCACCCUGGGAGAAAAUAUAGCAGAUAAUGGCGGAGUCCGACAGGCGUACAAGGCGUAUCUGAAAUGGGUGGAGAGACACGGCAAGGAGCCCAAGCUGCCCGGACUGGACCUGACACACAAGCAGCUUUUUUUCUUGAACUUUGCACAGGUUUGGUGCGGAUCUUAUCGCCCUGAAUACGCCCGACACUCCAUAAAGACAGAUGUGCACAGUCCAUUUAAAUACAGGGUGAUGGGAUCCUUGCAAAACUUCGAAGCUUUCUCUGAAGAAUUUAACUGCAAGAAAGGCACCACGAUGCACCCCAUAGAAAGAUGCCGAGUCUGGUAGCCUCAAACUUUGGUCUUUACAAAUCAACCUGAAAAUGUCUACCGGGCUGGCUUAUACAUAUUGAACAGUUCUAGCCAAUGAGGUGCCUGGUAUUUCCCUCUGGUCAGGUCAGAGUGUGUGUAGCGAGUCAGGAACGAGCAUGGCGGGCAGGCAUACUGUUUUUGGGUUCCUAUGACACUAAAGCCAGUGUUAGAGUUUUAGGCAGUAUGUCCCAUGGAGAACGUUGUGAUGGACUUGACUGUUUUAAUGGCUUGACUGUUAUAAAAAAAAACUUCUGCUGUCAGGUUUUCAAAGACUAGUUCCAAGAAGAUGUAUUUUUCUUCACGUUGGCUUUUGAUAUCAUGUUGUUUGUCUGUGUUGCUCUCAUUUCACGUCGUUGUUACAAAUAACAUUCGAAACAAACAAGUUCAAGGGACAAAUACAAAGGAAGGAAGCGAAAAUGUCUUAUAUCAGCGCUUCAUGUACGGUUGUCGCCACAAGUGGACACCUUUAUCCCAAGGUUAUUGUUACUUCAUUGUCAUAACUUCCUGUUGCCUGUAGGUGGCGUGUUUUUAUUCUUCUUCAUUACAAUCUGCAUAGUUAUAACAAUUUUUUUUUAAUUAGCUGUAAUGUUUAAUCAUACAAAUCCAGUUAUGAAGCUUUUCUCAGAGAUUUACUGAAAUGUGAGAAUUUUGUGUCGGCUGCCUGAGUGACGAAUAUUGGAACAGUCCAUGCAAAAUUGAUACUAGUGUCUCUCCGAUCCAUCCCCCUUGUACCAUGAAACAAGUGGUUGAGAGGUUUCAUAAAUAUGGUGUUUGGUCCACAUAAUAUGUUUUAGAUAUAUGUACAUUUCCUCCUCGGUGCUGUGUCUAGUGCAGGGCAAAGGAUGGUGCAACAUGACACAAGGGUUCAGAGACCACUAAAGGUGGCCAUACAGAAACAAUAGCUGUAGGUCUAAUGCUUGUUUAGCCAAAAGCUAUAUCUCCCGAAUUCUCAUACACAUGCAUGCUCAGCUCAACUGCUGCUUCAAUGGUGGUACCAGGUUCCUCCUCUGGUGGUGCCAGACCUCUCUACUGGUGGUGCCAGACUCCUUCUCUAGUGGUGCCAGAUUCCUCCUCUGGUGGUUCCAGACUCCUCCUUUAUUGGCUCCAGACUCUCACUCUGGUAGUGCCAGACUCCUCCUCUCGUGGUUUCAGCCUCUCCUUCAGGUAAUGCCAGGCUUCUUCACUGGUGGUGCCAGACUCCUUUACUGGUGGUGCCAGACUCCUCCUCUGGUGGCGCCAGACUCCCUUACUGGUGGUGCCAGACUCCCUUACUGGUGGUGCCAGACUCCUCCACUGGUGGUGCCAGACUCCUUCAUUAGUGGUGCCAGGCUCCUCUACUGUUGGUGCCAGGCUCCUCUACUGGUGGUGCCAGACUCCUCCACUGGUGAGACUCCUCACAGGUGGUAUCAGACUCCUCCACUAGUGGUGCCAGACUUUUUCUCUGGGGUGGCAGGCAACUCCACUGGUGGUGCCGGACUCUUUCACUGGGGUGUCAGACUCCUCCUCUGGUGGAGCCAGACUCCUUCAUUAGUGGUGCCAGGCUCCUCUACUGUUAAUGCCAGGCUCCUCUACUGUUGGUGCCAGACUCCCCCACUGGUGGUGCCAGACUCCCUCACUGGUGGUGCCAGACUCCUCCACUGUUGGUGCCCGACUCCCCCACUGGUGGUGCCAGACUCCUCUACAGGUGAGACUCCUCUCUGGUUUCCCAGAGUAAGGAGGCCACCAUACAGGUUAGAUGAUUGUCUGAUCCUCAUAAAAUUGGUGGGUUUGGCCAACAAAUGUCUAUGGUAUGGCCAUCUUACAAGGGUAACAGUUUGGAGACCACUGCUUUAGUCCAAAAAACAAAAAAGUAAACCUAUAAACUUUAUAAACCGAAAAGGAAACUUCUAACUUUUUAAGGCCCACACCCCCCCUUUCCCGCCAUAUUUACGAAUGCCCCGAAACGCACAAUACCGUUCAUUACCAAUACAAAUUACCAUAUACCACCCCCUCUCCCCCCUUCCUGCUUACAGAACUUUGCAUCGACUUUGCUCAGAAAAAAUACAUAUAUUUUAUUUAGGUUGCAUUUAACGGGGUAUGCCGCCAGAAAAAUAUCUUAUCCCAUAUCCAAUGGAUAGGGGACAAGUUGUCUGAUCACGAGGUCCCGCCGCUGGGGACUCUUGUGAACUCCAGGGCAGAAGCAGCGGCGUCCAGAACACGGAAGCUUGGAGCUUCCAUGUUCGUGACUUCACGCCAGGCCCCCUCCAUUCAUGUCUAUAGGAGGGGGCGUGAUGGCUAGUACUUAGCCGUCACUCCACCCAUAUACAUGAAUGGAGGGGGAGUGGUUGCUGUGGACGGAGUUUGAUCCGUGCACUGGAUGACUGGGGUGCCGCAGUGGAGACUCCUGGGAUAAGAUGUUUUUCGGCAGAGUACCCCUUUAACAAAGUCAAUGAAAAUAUAGAUGAUAUGAAAGAUACAAUAUAUAUAUAUAUAUAUAUAUAUAUAUAUAUAAUAUAGACUAAAUAACGGCAUCAUCCAGAAGUGUGCAAUACGGAAAAAAAAAUUUAAAAAUCUAUACAAAGCUCAAUAUUUUUUUACAGAAACCUACGAUAUUCAGGACUUAUCAUUUUCACACAUCAGAGGGUUGCUUGAAAGUGAUUUGUUUUAGAGAAAUAUAUACACAAAGGCUAUGUAAUUUUGUUUAAAAAUAAAUAAAGUAUAUAUAUAUUAUAUUUUUAUGUAGAUUUAUUAUAUAUACCGUAUAUAUCUAUAAAUCUACAUAAUCGCGCUGCGUGUCGUCUCAGGCUUUCUGUAGGAGGGAAACGAUUAUGCCGCGAUGUACGUUUUUUUUUUUUAGAUCGCUAUGAUGUCAUGUUUCGAUGGCUUAUGGUGUCAUUAUUGUGUGCCGAUGAUUAUUUUUGAUUAAAAUGACAUGUUAA